ACCACCAACAAAAUGAUUUCCAUCAACAUAGCAAAAAAAAACCCACUACUUUUCUCUUGCACAAGCGAAGGACCGAUCCUCUCAGAUUCCUGCAAGCUAAACCCUAUUUUCCCAUGACUCUCUUUACGAUCUUUCUCACUUGUUUCUCCGGUUCUAUCAAGGUAGCUUCCAAGGGAGACGACAGUCCACGAUCAUUGACCGGAGUUAAAGCCGGUAGUGACGGAAAAUCAAAGGAAAGCAAGGCUAAGAAAAGCCCUCCCAUUCCUAUGAGUUACUUCCCUGUCGGAUCAAAUUUCUCUCGUUUGUGAAUGUAUUACUGAAAUAUGCUUCGGUUGCCCUUGCAUGCACGUCUGCGUGUAUUCUCUCUAUAUUUUUCUCUCUUUUUUUUUGUUUAAUUUAUGGACAAAGGAUGGGGUCUCACCCUUGAAUCUGAUCCAGUUACUAAUAAUUUUUUCUCCAGCAAAACAAGUUCCAACACAGGUGCUUUCUUCAGGUUGAGUCAUCAACGAGACAUGUUUCAGUUCCCGGUCACCCUCGCUGGGUCGAGAGACGACUGCCGGGGAACCUCCGCUUCUUUGUCAUCACCUUCCGAUGAUACACGGCUCCCUGUCAACGAGGUUGACUUUUUCUCCGAUAAGAAAUCCAGGGUGAUCGAUGAUGAUCGUGUUAAGAAGGAACACGGCGAACCCGCUCCUGCUUCCGAGUUAGAUGUAAAUACUGGGUUGCUUCUUCUGACGGCCGGAAGUGACCAAUCAACUGUCGACGACGGAGUCUCAUCGGAUAUGGAAGAUCGGCGAGCCAAGGAUGAACUGACACAAUUACAGGUGGAGUUGAAACGCAUGAAUGCUGAAAAUCAAAAGCUUAAAGACAUGCUUAGUCAUGUCAACAACAAUUACACUGCUCUCCAGAUGCACCUUGUUACCUUAAUGCAACAGCAAAGAAACCGAGAAACCGAAACCACCCAAGAACAACAUCAGGUCCAAGAAAUGAAAUCCGAAGAGAAGAAACAUGGUGAAGAGAUAAUGCCUUUGAAAAUAUUAGAUCUACGUCUAUCCGGUGGAGCCGAAGCAGCCGAGAUGUUGUCGACUCAUUCGUCGUCGGAAGAAAGAACACGUUCGGGGACUCCUCAAAACAACGUGGAAAAAAGAAUUGGUAGAGAAGAGAGCCCCGAAUCCGAGAGCUGGGGACCUAAUAGCAAAGUCCCGAAGCUGAAUUCGGGGAAACCGAUUGAUCAAUCCGCCGAGGCCACCAUGAGGAAAGCCCGUGUUUCAGUUCGAGCUCGAUCGGAAGCUCCCAUGAUCACCGAUGGAUGCCAAUGGAGAAAAUAUGGGCAAAAGAUGGCUAAAGGAAACCCUUGUCCUCGAGCUUAUUACCGAUGCACAAUGGCUGUUGGUUGUCCUGUCCGGAAACAAGUUCAACGCUGCGCGGAUGAUAGAACAAUCUUGAUCACGACAUACGAGGGAAACCACAACCACCCCUUGCCACCGGCCGCGAUGGCGAUGGCAUCAACAACGGCUGCAGCCGCUAGCAUGUUGCUUUCAGGUUCAAUGCCAAGUGCUGAUGGUAUCAUGAACCAAAACUUGCUUGCCAGGGCAAUCCUCCCAUACUCGCCAAGCAUGGCAACCAUAUCGGCCUCGGCCCCGUUCCCGACCGUGACAUUGGACCUCACACAUUCACCCAACCCUCUACAAUUCCGAAGUCCGCCACCACCACAGCCGCAGCCACCUCCGCAAUUCCAAGUCCCUUUCCCCGGCCAACCCCAAAGUUUACCUCAAGAACUUUUUGGUCAGCCAUUGCAUAAUCAGUCAAAAUUCUCAGGCUUGCAGUUGUCACAAGUCCCACAGCCACAAUUGCAGCAGCAGCAGCAGCCUUCAUUGGCCGACACCGUUAGUGCUGCCACAGCCGCCAUCACCAAAGAUCCUAGCUUCACCGCUGCCCUCGCGGCUGCCAUCACAUCCAUCAUCGGCGGAGUUCACCCGAAUAGCAGCAGCAACGCUUCCAACAACAACAACACAUCAAACAAUAGACAAUAAUUAAGAUCUUAGAGACAACUUUCUUUAACUGUUGAAAAGGAGGUCACAUGUUUAUAUUUUUUUGUACUUUGUUGUGGGAAGGAGGGUUAGAACACACACAAAAUGUCAUUCUUUUUGUUUAUUAUUGGUCUAUUUUGAAUAAUUCAGUUCAGUUCUUCGAGUAAAUACACACACAAAAAUAACACAAUUUC